AUGGCACCAGUUCAUGUUCUCGAUGACUACUAUCUCGCCAUCAGUUUCCUUAUCUGCUUGGCAUAUCAAACCAUUUUCUUUGCUAUCUCUGUUGGAUUUAAAACUGAUCAACUGAACGAUGUUGCUGGUGGAACGAAUUUCGUCCUCUUGGCCAUCAUCACGGUCUCUAUGUAUGGCCAGCAUGAGGCCCGUCAAAUUGUCGACAGCAUAUUCAUCAUGAUAUGGGGAGCACGCCUGGCUGGGUUCUUACUUUUCCGUAUCAUCAAAACUGGCAAGGACGACCGCUUCGACGACAAGCGUGGAAAGGUCUUGCCGAUGUUGGGCUUCUACGUCUUCCAAACACUCUGGGUCUGGACUGUCAGUAUGCCUGUGACCGUGUUGAAUAGUCCCAUUGUCAACCGCUAUCCUCAACCUGCCUUCAACAAAGCCACUGACAUCCUGGCUGUCAUUGGUUUCGGCAUUGGUAUCAUCAUGGAGACUGUCAGCGAUAUCCAGAAGUACAGGUUCAAGCAAGCCCACCAAGAACGUGGCGCUGUCUGCAACAAAGGCUUCUUUGCCUGGUCUCGCCAUCCCAACUACUUUGCCGAGAUUCUCAUCCAAUUCUGUGACNNCAUCUUCAUGCUCGCCGUUACCCCUGCAUCUUACGACUACGUGCAUGGCGGUGCAAAGGCAGCUCUGUUCGCCAGUAUCGUUGGACCAAUUUUCUUAACAACAUUGCUGAUGUUUGUGUCUGGCCUGACCCUGCAAGAACGUCCUGGAGCCAAGAAGAGAUACGAGAAAGGCGAAGGCUGGAACGAGUAUGCCACUUACCUCCACCAAACCAGCAUUCUUAUCCCCUUCCCUCCGGCCCUCUACAAGAAAAUGCCUGUAAUCCUCAAGCGAACCUUGUUCCUCGAAUUCCCGAUUUAUGUGUUUGACCCAGCAAAGCACGCAGAUCAUGAAGCUACACAGAGACAGGCUGAGGAAGGACACAACUGA